AUUAUGAUGGCAACGACAUAUCUCAAGCAAAAGAGAUCCUUCCAUCUGCAAAUGAUGAUAGUUUAGUACAAGUUUUUACAUACGAAGAACUUGUUGCAGCAACAAAAAAUUUUAGUGAAGAUUGCAUUAUAGGUUCUGGUGGAGCUGGAAGAGUGUACAAAGGAGAACUCCAGGGAAAAAAUGAGGUUGUAGCUAUUAAACAACUUAAGAGGAAUGCAAAUCAAGGGAGCAAUGAACUCCUUGUUGACUUAGCCAUGCUCAGACUCAUUCGUCAUCCCAAUCUUGUAGAACUUCAUGGAUAUUGUGCUGUAGAAGAUCAAAUAAUUCUUGUAUAUGAGUACAUGCCUUUUGGUUCUUUGCAGGAUCACCUUCUUGAUAUAGUACCAAAUAAUAUACCAUUGGAUUGGUUCACACGAAUGAAAAUAGCAGCAGGAGCAGCCAAAGGCCUGGAGUACUUGCAUGAUGUAGUCAAACCUCCUAUAAUUUAUCGCGACAUGAAAGCAUCAAACAUUCUUCUUGAUGAGAACUACAAUCCUAAGUUAUCAGAUUUUGGCUUAGAAAAGCCCACAAGAGUGAUGGGAACCUAUGGCUGUUAUGCUCCAGAAUAUGCUUUCACAAGGCAGCUAACCAAGACAACCGAUGUUUACAGCUUUGGUAUCUUGCUUUUGGAGCUUAUCACUGGAAGGAAAGCUAUAGACAUCGCUAGAACAAAAAACGAACAGUAUCUUGCUCAUUGGGCUGCAACUUUUUUUAAAGAUAGAAGGAAAUAUCCAAGAAUGGCUGAUCCACUUCUCAAUGGAAACUAUCCAAUUAAGGGCCUUUACCAAGCCCUCGCAAUUGCUAAUAUGUGCCUUCAAUAUGAAGCGAGCAGUCGCCCUUUAAUGAGCGAUGUUGUUACUGCAAUUGAGUAUUUAGUGAAGCCAGAGAUUGAUUGCUCUGAGCUCUUAGAAAAACCUUCCCUUCCUCAUCAAUUAAUGCCUUCAAAUCAUGAAAACCUUAAGUUUCAAAAAAUUCCUUGCAAUAGCAGAAGGCGAACCAGUACCAGGAGUUUAGAUGACGAGUGCUUUCAAUCAAUAUCAAGCGAGAUUGAAAGCUGUGGAAAUUUAAGAGAAGAAGGUGAACAAGUAGAAGCAUGA